AUGAAGGGUCACGUCAUCUACAGUGACGUCUCUUUGGAAUACGUCAGGCCAUACGUUCCUGUCGCGCUCCGCAGGACUGCUUUCGAGGUAAUCCAUAAUCUCUCGCACCCCAGCGUUCAAGCCACUAGCAAAGCGAUAGCCCACAAAUUCUACUGUCCCAGCAUGCACAAGGACGUCACGCUCUGGGCCCAGCAAUGCCUUUCCUGCCAAAAGGCAAAGGUCCACCCGCAUAACCGAGCAGUGCUAGGCUCGCUCAACAAGCCCACCUCCCAGUUCGACCAUGUCCACCUGGACCUCUUCAAGCUGCCCUUGUGCCUGGGCUUCCAAUACUGCUUGACCCUCAUCGAUUGCUACACCAGCUGGCCGGUUGCCAUCUCGCUUCCAGACCGGCAAGCCACAACUGUGGCCAUCAAGGCUUUCAUGGACGGAUGGGUAUCCCACUACGGCACCCCCUUCACCAUCACCACCAACCAGGGCGUGCAGUUCGAGUCAGCCCUCUUCACAGCUCUUUCGAAGUACCUAGGCACACAUCACAUUAGAAUUGCCCCGUACCAUCCCCAGUCCAACGGGCUCAUCGAGCGGUUCCACUGCGACCUUAAGGCGGCACUUAUGUACUCGCCCGAAACCCCUUGGCCUACCUCGCUGCCCAUGGUCAUGCUAGGUCUCCGGUCUGUCUUCAAAGAGGACCUUCAGGCGUCGGCCGUGGAGAUGCUCUACAGUGUCGCCCUUCGCGUUCCAGGCGAGUUCUUUGGGACAACCAGCCAGCCUGGCACAGCGCCAGCUACCUCCAUCGAGAGCCUCCGCCACCUGCCUCAAGUCCUGAAGCCGGAACGCUCCGUCGUUUCGCCCUACUCGAGCCCUCACAAGGUGGUCGAUCGGAUCGACUACGUCGUCGACAUCAACGGAAGUCAAACGACUCUUUCGACGGACUCACUCAAGCCAUCAUUCUUCGACGAUCCGGCCCAGCCAAAUUCUAUGCCGGCAGCCUCAUUACCAUCAUCGCUGCCAGUAACCCGAGCCUCGGAGCCUUCGUCUCAGCCACCCAGUAGCCAUCCGGCGAUCCAGACUCCGUCCGGCCCACCAGCGCCAAUUCGUUCAUCUUUCCGUUUGUCUGGUACCAACGGCACUAGGAAGAGGGUAGAUGUGGCGUGUCAAGUCAGCCCAGCCGGUAAGACGUGUACCAGGACUACCAGGAGUACCAGGAGUACCAGGCGCAAGCAGCGCCUCAUCCCGCGGCAGGACUUUUAG